AUGAUCAACUCCACCUUCCAAGUCACCUUCGGCAUCGAAGUCGAGUGCAUCCUCGCCUUCCACGAGAGCCUCCUCCGUAGAUACCUUGCCACCAUCAAAACCGACUGCAAGAUUAUCAAGACCGUUCCCGAGGAUGUCCGUCGAAAGCUCAACCAAGUACCCCAACAUUACCGGGAUGAAGACGCACGCCGACACGAUGUAUCACGCCAGAUGUACAUGGGCUGGGGUCUUACAGCACCCACCGCCUACCCCCCUGAGCGCGAUAACGUCAGCUUCCAGGACCAAAUGGACAUACAUCUCGAAACUUACGGCUAUCGAGCAUACGGCGGCGAGGUCUUGCACGUUGCUCAGACUCUUUUUCUCCCGGAUGAAGUCGAGGUCCACGACUCUUUCAACGGGGCAAACAAAUACACCGACUUUUCGCACUGGCACGUGACGCACGAGCGGGGCCUCGUGGGGCUCGACAAGAGGGACUUGAUGCAGCGACUGGAGAGACUCUCCAAGGCUGGAGCACCGGGCGAUCUUAGAAAGAUGCUCAAGCAACCGAGCAUGACCAAGGACUGGGACACCCACCCUCUUGAACUGGUGUCCCGGGUCCUCCCUUACGAUUCUGCCUCUAUCGCCGAGGUACAUCGACACCUCAAGGCUCUCCAAGAGGGACUCGCGCACUUCGCCUUCGCAACCAAACACUGCGGAUUGCAUGUUCACAUCGGGCUUCCUGUGCCUACCAAUCACCUGGCAGGAACGCCACCUCCCACCUUCACCCUACCAACCCUGCAGCACCUGGCGUACAUACAAGUGAUGUACCAAGCCAAGAUCAGCGAGCUGCACCCGACAUCCCGAGGCGAUGGCACGAACAUCGACCUCAAAUCCAACCUCGACAAUUUCUACGAGGAGCCAGAACCUCUCACCGAUGCUGAAUACACCGCCAUGGAUGCCCGAAGUAAGCGUUCCAUUGACGUCUUGAUUCAGAGAGAAGAUGCUGACUCCGUGAUUCUCUUAGUCGAUGCUGGCGAAGAUCCAGACGUCGUCUUUGCAGAACAGCCACCGACGUUCUCCUUCAAGAAGGCGCGGGAGAAGAUCUUCGCCAAAGACAUGACAAUUGAAAAACUCUCGGAGCUCAUGGGCGGGAACGAGAAGUGGAGGAUCGUCAAUUGGAAGUACGUUGCGCGGACAAAAGGAGAAGCACGCACCCUCGAGUUCCGCCAACACGAGGGAACACUAUCCCCGGUCGCCGUCGAGCACUGGACCGCCUUCGUCGUCGGUCUGGUCCGGUUGGCUGAACAUCACAGUCGGUUUUACGGCUCUGCGCCGGAUUACGACGGCUCGGGAUAUAAGUACCGAGAACUGAGUGAGGAGUCGAGCGUGUGGGACUUGAUGGAGACGAUGGAAUUGGGAGAGAGUGAGGAGGAGUAUUGGAGGGAUGUGGUGGCUAGCCGGGCGUAA